AUGGCAUUUUCUAAAAAUGAUCAUGUCUUAGAUGGAAAAAGCAAGAGUUUUGGCUUUCUUGGAAACGAUCGCAUUGCGUGCUGUUCGAAAUUGCCCAUGGUCUGGCAUGUUAUGGGCCCAUUUGGCGAGAAUCAUGAUAUCUUUGAUCGUGCUUUGCGAAACGAAACAUUAUUAUCCAGUAUCGAAGAUCUGGUCACAGUCUUGAUGGCGAAAUGUGAUUAUGCGCGACGUCAAGUCGACUGGGAAGAUCCCGAUGACGAAGCGGUCAUGGAUCUACGAGUGACAUUUGAAGAGUGUCUUGCAUAUCUUUCUGAAGGUAACACACGCUAUUAUGCCUUUAUCGAGGGCAAAAGGCUGGGAAACGAAGCGAAAGCACGAGAGCAAUGGGAUACCAUCAUCAAAAGACAUGGUAAAGAUGCCGAAGCUUGGGUCCGAUAUAUUGAAUUUGAAAGAUCACUUGGCAAUUACCACACGUGUGUUUCCUUAUUCAAGCAGGCUAUUGUCAAACGACUCGAUUACCCUGAACGUUUAAUGGACGCUUGGCUUACCAUGGAACAUGAAAUUGGGUCUGUGGACUCUGUAGAAGACGCUCUCGUCCGUAUCAACCACAAAACCAAUCUCUUGACUCGAGAAUGGCAGUCUGCCAUUGCUGAGCAACAAGCACAGGAAGAACGUAAAAAGGAAAAGGAGAUCACACAAAAGAAAAAGAAGGCGGCUCACCGAGCCAAGCAAAAGGAAGGGCCGAAAAAGGAGGCUCAAGGCACAACAGAGACGCAACCUGCAACCUCUGCAUCGCGGAAACGAAAAGCGUCGGAGGAUAUGUCGACUGACACUGCAAAGAAAUCAAAACCGUCCCAACGAGAAGCUACAACUUCUAGUGAAUUCAAGGCACCAGAACCACCCGCUGCGAAUCGUGGUCGUGGCGCGGCAACGACACGCGGUCGAAGGGGUACAAGACUAGCGAUGCCUUCCCGACAGACUCAGAAACCAAAGCAGGAACAGAGUGAGGAACCAUCCUCUCUUCCAAAGGACCCAGAAACCAAGCCGGCAGAGGAAAAGAGUAAUGCUGAUUUCCGAGCCAUGUUAUUGGGUAAAAAGUGA